UUACAGUUAAUGCUGCAUGUACUUAUGACAGAUCUACAAGCUAACGCCUUCGACUGAGAGAGACUGAGUGAACAUGAGCCGCCAACAUCAGCGGCACCAUCAGCAGCAGCUGCAGCAGCAACAACUGCAACAACAACAGCAGCAGCAACAACAGCUGCUGACGGCCCAACAGCAACAACAGCAGGCGCUGCUAAUGGCCGAACAUGCCGCUGCCGCCGAAGCCGCCGAGCUCUUCAAUCUGCUCUGUGUGGCGACAACGAUGCGACAGAUUUUGGCACUGCAUCGAGCCAUGUGCGAGGCGGUUGGUUUGCGUCCAUCCCCGCUUAAUGAGUUCUACCCUAAGCUCAAAGCCAAGGUACGCUCGUGGAAGGCACAGGCGUUGUGGAAGAAGUUCGAUGCACGUGCCGCCCAUCGUGUGUAUGGGAAGGGGAACGCUUGCACCGGCACCAGAGUCCUGGUGAUUGGCGCCGGUCCUUGUGGAUUGCGGACGGCAAUUGAGGCUCAACUGCUUGGUGCCAAAGUGGUGGUGCUGGAGAAACGUGAUCGGAUUACGAGAAAUAAUGUGCUCCACUUGUGGCCAUUCGUCAUCACAGAUCUGCGUAAUUUGGGUGCCAAGAAGUUCUAUGGCAAGUUCUGUGCUGGUGCUAUCGAUCACAUCUCGAUCAGGCAGCUGCAAUGCAUGCUGCUGAAGGUCGCCCUCCUGCUAGGCGUUGAGAUCCAUGAGGGUGUUAGCUUUGAGCAUGCACUGGAGCCCAGUGAGGAUCAUAGUGGUUGGCAUGCUGCCGUUACUCCAGCGGAUCAUCCCGUGUCACACUAUGAAUUCGAUGUCCUAAUUGGCGCCGAUGGCAAGCGAAAUAUGCUGGACUUUCGACGCAAGGAGUUUCGUGGCAAACUGGCCAUUGCCAUCACAGCGAAUUUUAUCAAUAAGAAAACCGAGGCGGAGGCCAAAGUGGAGGAGAUUAGCGGUGUUGCCUUCAUUUUCAAUCAGGCCUUCUUCAAAGAGCUCUACAGUCGCACGGGCAUUGAUCUCGAGAAUAUUGUCUACUACAAGGAUGAGACGCAUUAUUUUGUGAUGACAGCCAAGAAGCAUAGUCUGAUCGAUAAGGGUGUGAUCAUUGAGGAUAUGGCUGAUCCCGCUGAGCUGCUCGCUGCCGCCAAUGUGGAUACACAGAAGCUGCAUGAUUAUGCACGCGAAGCGGCAGAAUUCUCCACACAGUAUCAAAUGCCUAAUUUGGAGUUUGCUGUCAAUCAUUAUGGCAAACCGGAUGUGGCCAUGUUCGAUUUUACCUCCAUGUUUGCCGCCGAGAUGUCCUGCCGCGUCCUGGUGCGCAAGGGUUGCCGUCUGAUGCAGUGCCUUGUCGGCGACAGUCUGCUCGAACCGUUCUGGCCAACGGGUUCGGGUUGCGCUCGUGGUUUCCUCUCCAGCAUGGAUGCUGCCUAUGCCAUCAAGCUGUGGUCAAAUCCGCAGAACAGCACACUUGGCGUAUUGGCGCAGCGUGAGAGCAUCUAUCGCCUGCUAAAUCAGACCACACCCGAUACCCUGCAACGUGAUAUUAGCGCCUAUACGGUGGAUCCGGCCACACGUUAUCCAAACCUUAAUCGCGAAUCGGUGAACAGUUGGCAGGUGAAGCAUCUAAUUGACACAGAUGAUCCAUCGAUUCUCGAGCAGACCUUUAUGGAUUCGCAUGCACUGAACCUAUUACCCAAUGUGCAGACACCGGGCAAACGCAAGCGACGCAGCGGAGAUUCUUUGCCGCAAGCUGCCUCAUUGCUGCGCUGGAUCAGCGUACAGCUUGCAACGCAUCAUUUUGCCGCUGAACUCAAAGAACCCUCGGAUGUGUUCCGCAAUGGUCGUGUCCUGUGUGCGCUCAUCAGUCGUUAUCGACCUGAUCUAAUUGAUUAUGCUGCCACCAAGGACAUGAGUCCGUUGGAGUGCAAUGAGCUCGCAUUUGCCGUGCUAGAGCGCGAAUUGCACAUUGAUCGGAUCAUGACCGCCAAGCAAUCGAUGGAUCUAAAUGAAGUUGAGUCGCGUGUAUGGCUCAAUUAUAUGGACCAAAUCUGUGAGCAAUUUCGCGGCGAGAUACCGCACAUCAAGCAUCCCAAGAUGGACUUCAGUGAUCUGCGUCAAAAGUAUCGCAUCAAUCAUACACACGCUCCGCCGGAUUUCUCCAAGCUGCUGCAGACCAAGCCAAAGGCCAAGUCGCCCAUGCAGGAUGCCGUCGAUGUGCCCACAACGGUCCAACGACGCUCUGUCCUCGAGGAGGAGCGCGCCAAGCGCCAGCGUCGCCACGAGCAGCUGUUGAACAGCGGCGGCGGCAAUCUGGCAGCUAAUUCCGCAACCGCCGCUGCUGCCAGCGGUGCGGCAAGCAGCAACAACGUGCAACAGGCUCAAAGUGAUACGCCGCGUCGGUCGAAGAAACGCCGCCAGGCUGAUAAAACGGCGAACAUUGAGGAGCGCCAGCAGCGUUUGCAAGAGAUCGAGGAGAAUCGUUUGGAUAGGAUGAGUCGUCGACGCCAACAGCGUUUCCAUCAGACGCAGAAUUUCUACAAGAGUCUGCAGCUUCUGCAGGCGGGCAAAUUACUAAGAGAGGGUGGCGAUGGGGUUACUGAGGGCGUGGCCGAGGACGGCACACCCUUUGAGGACUAUUCGAUAUUUCUAUAUCGCCAACAGGCGCCCGUCUUCAACGAUCGUGUCAAGGAGCUCGAGCGCAAGCUUCUCUUUCCCGAUCGCGAACGUGGCGAUAUACCCUCAGCACUGCCGCGUGAGGCAGAUCAGCAGUUCAGUGAUCGCAUCAAAAAUAUGGAGCAAAGGAUGACGGGACGACCCGGACAGGGCAGUGAUAAGAAACCCAAAGAUUUGAUGCGUGCCAUUGGCAAGAUCGAUUCGAACGAUUGGAAUGUGCGCGAGAUCGAGAAGAAGAUCGAGUUGUCCAAGAAGACGGAAAUCCAUGGGCCCAAGGGUCGCGAAAAGGUGCCCAAGUGGAGCAAGGAGCAGUUCCAAGCACGUCAGCACAAAAUGUCCAAGCCACAGCGACAGGAUUCGCGUGAGGCGGAAAAGUUUAAGGAGAUCGAUACGACACUUAAGAAUCUGGAUAAACAGCUCAAAGAGGGUCACAAUCUGGAUGUGGGUGAGAGAGGACGCAAUAAGGUCGCCUCCAUCGCCGGUCAGUUUGUCAAAAAGGACGAAACGAAUUCAGAUGAGAAGAACGCGAGCAGCAAUGCAACCACCAACACCACAACCACAACCAACACUGUCAUACCAAAAUCUAGCUCGAAGGUAGCGCUGGCUUUCAAGAAGCAGGCCGCCUCCGAGAAGUGCCGCUUCUGCAAGCAAACGGUAUAUCUGAUGGAGAAGACGACGGUGGAGGGUCUGGUGCUGCAUCGCAAUUGCCUUAAAUGUCAUCACUGCCACACGAAUCUACGCCUAGGCGGUUAUGCCUUCGAUCGUGACGAUCCACAGGGUCGCUUCUAUUGCACCCAACACUUUCGGCUGCCUCCCAAGCCAAUGCCGCAACGCAUCAAUAAGAGGAGAUCCGCCGCAGCACAGCCUGCCACGCCUGCCUCACCUGCCACACCGCAAGCGGCGCCAACUCCAACCGCUGAGACCGCUGUUGAAGCCAUGGACACCACGCCCACCCGGGAUCAAGUGGAUUUGUUGGAAACUUCGAGAGCUGCUGCCUCCGCCGACAACAUGUCCGACGAUGAGGCGAAUGUCAUUGAUGAGAACGAGUGGUCUGGUCGAAAUUUUCUGCCUGAAUCGAACAAUGACUCGCAGUCGGAGCUGUCCAGCUCGGACGAGUCGGACACGGAGUCCGAUUCGGAGAUGUUCGAGGAGGCGGACGAUUCGCCAUUUGGUGCGCAAACCCUGCAGUUGGCAUCCGAUUGGAUUGGCAAACAAUAUUGUGAGGAUAGCGAUGAUUCCGAUGAUUUCUACGAUUCCAGCGAGGGUAUUGCCGAUGAUGGCAAGGACGACACGGAGGGCGAGGAGUUUAAGAAGGCGCGUGAACUGCGACGCGAGGAAGUGCGUCUGCAGCCGUUGCCCGUUAAUUUACCCACAGACACCGAAACGGAGAAGCUCAACUUAAAUAUUGAGAAUAAAGAAAAUGUGGAACGCAGCUCGCUUAAGUCGGCCAAUUCUUUUGAGUCGGCCAAGAGUCAGCCGACCACGCCCACCGCAACUCCCACGCGUGCUCAAAUAGAGCAGCUGGAACGAAAUGAACCACGAAAAUUUAGCAGCGAAAUCGAAGCAAUUAGCGAAAAGUUAUAUCAUCUGAAUAAUAUGGUCAAAAUGAAUAAGGAUCUGGAAGUGCUGGCGAAGGAAAAUUUAGUCAAAAGCGACAUAUUACGCAAGCUAACGCUCAAAGAGAAGUGGCUGGCCGAGAAUGCAGCCAUAGCUGCGGGAAUGAAAGUGACACCCACACCCACAAUUGCAGCACCCAGCAAAUCCACGUUUGAUGAGAAAUAUGAAAAGGUUGUGAGUCCGCCCAAAACGGUUGUCGCAGAGCCCAAACCCAAACCCGUCAUUGAUUUUAAUCUUGAUGAGCUGAAGCCGCGCAAACCCAACUUUGAAGAGCGACCCAAGGAGUUGCUCGUGAAGCCUGAAAGUCUUAAGAAAGCAACGCAACUGAGUCCCAAGCCGGAGAGCAAGAGCAGCGCCAAUGUAAGCCGCUCCAGCAGCAUCAAAAGCAAUGCCAGCUCCAAGUCUAGCCCGCGUCAACGCAAAUCGCAUAUGGAGAACCUGCUGGGCACCUUAAAAAAGCUACAACGUCAGCACAGCAGCGAACAGGACGAAGAGAUGGAUAUAGACGACGAUGUGGAAUCACAAACCAACCCACAAUUGAAUAGCAAACUUAAGGAAAUUGGAGCCAGCACCUUUGCUGGGACUAUGGAUCACAUUAAAUCGCAAAUGGUAACUCCCACGGUGCACACAGCAAGCGUAGAUCUCUCCAAAUACUUUCCCAAUCAAAAGCCGGAGAAAAGCAGCGCCGGCAAUACAAAUAAGAAUCAGAAAACCCUGAAGGAUGUCGAUUUAGCCAAGUAUUUUCCAAGCAGCCCGGCGCCACAACGACGCACCGUUGAAACUGUAGCGGAUAGAUUAAAGAGGUCACAAACUGAGGCGUCUGUACCUCAACCAGAGAAAGUCGAAAAUCCUAAGGAUACCAAGGAUACGCAGUCCAAGACGGAGCCCAAGUCCAAGCCGUUAGCGCCUAAAAGGCAGUCCUCUCUUAACACUUUCAGUCUGCGUGAGCAUCAGCUAGACGGCGCCAUGGACUUGAGCAAAAAGAAGGCACCCGUUAAGCUCGUUGUCCAAGGAAAACCUGCUGAAAAGAAGGUCACAACUACAACCGUAGCUAAGGCUACAACUACGCCAAAGGGGAAAAUCAAAAUCGUUAAGAAAAUUGUGCCCAAGGGCACCAAAGCCAAAAAGGCAGCGGCGGCUGCAGCAGUAGCAGCGACUUCGAAAACCGAAACAAAACCGGAGGAGGAGCAGCUGCCACGUGACGAAGCUGAGCGUAUACUCGAUGAGAUUCUAGCGGAUGGUGGUGAGACACGUUCGCCCAGUUCCGAGUAUCAAAAGCUUUUUAAUGAUGACAAAUCUCCCAGUGAUCUCUCGGAUAAAAUCGAACGCAUUCUCGAGGAAACGGGUCUCGAUCUGGAGUUGGGCUUACCCCGACGUCAGAGCAAGAAACUCCUGAAAACCAAAUCCCUAGGUGAAGGUGAGUUUGAUCUAGAGCCAAAGCAGCGUUUGAGCGGUGUACAGAAUAUUUUGAAACGCUUUGAGUCGAUGAGCUCGGUUCACUCGCAGAAUAGCGAUGAGCAGGGCGCCUUUAAGCUGCGUCGCAUGGAAUCCAGCACAAGCAAUUUGAGCAGUCUGAAUCGAUCAAGGGAGUCCCUGGCCUCAGUCACUGACUCGAUGAGUGAUUUGGAGCGCACCAUGGACUAUUUGCGCAAUGAAUGGCGCAGUGAAGCAACCAAUUUUCUGCAAAAGAAACGCAAUAAAUUCUACGCAGAAAAAGAUGAACAACAAAAGCAGCUGCAGCAAGAGCAGGAGCGAAAACCUGAACCUGCUCGCGGUAUUGAACUACCCGUGCAAUAUCACGACUCCAAGUUGGCCAAGUUCUUUGGUUUGGCACCGCGUAAAUCACCCGAGAAGCGUAAGUCUCCCAUUAAAAAGAAAAAGUCGCCAAAACCCACAAAAGCCAAUAACUCACUCGAGGAGCUGGCCAAAAUUAGCAACGCACGGCAGGCAAAGCAAGCGCAGCAGAAGCAAAAUAAAACCACUGUCAAAAUUAAGAAGAUAGAACCCAAAAUUGAGUUAAUACCUCCGAAGCCGGCAACACCUGUGCCAGAUGACUUUGAGAUUUUGGAUUUAAUUGAGAAGGCCACCGAGGCCAAGGAGCUUGAGCGUUCCAAGACAAAGAGUCCACUCGUGGAGGAAAUUCUUGAUGAGAUUCUCAAUUUAGAUGCAGCAACAGAUGAUACGCCUGUACGUCCUGCUGCAGAGGAUAUUCGGAAUCUGCCCAAAACGGGCUGCGAUAAAUCGCUUAAUAAUUCUCGACGUGGCUCCCAGUCCAGCCUGGUGCUCUCCCGACGGCAAUCGGAUAUUUCACUUACCGAAAAGCUGAAUCAGGAGGCGCUCCAAGCAUUAAGCAGCAUCGAACUGGAACGCGAUGUCGAGCAUGUCGAUGAGGUCUUUCAGAGCAUGGUGGAGGCCAUGGAGUGCCAGUCACAAGUGCAAGUCACUGAUUUGGAUGAUGACAUCGAUGCAGAUUCACUAUGCACCACAAUUAGCAAGAGUCCUAGUGCCCAACCCAUAACUGUGGUUAAGCGCGGCAGCUCCGAGGACCACAGCAUUGAGAAGCUCUUUGGAGAAUUUUCCGAUAAAAUGCUGGUCAAUGUAGAUUUUGAUUCCAAUGAUGAUUUGGUGGGCAUUAGCCCUAGGGUUGAUCUAAUGGCUAACAGUUCUGCUGAACGUGAUUUCCUGGGUAAGCUUGAGUCACUCGAACGCGAUGAGGCCCUGGAGAGCCGGGUGAAUCAGCCCAAUCGGUUUAAGCACACCGAAAACCAAGGUGUGGAUGAAGUAGAUGGCUCCCACUUUCCCUCCAGGCCGCAGCGAAGACAAAAGAGCAGCUCAUCAUCGAGUGAGCCAAAUAUACCCGUUCCACCACAGCGCCUAAAGAAAAAGCUGGCUAAAUUGGAUCCGGAGGAUAUGCCACCCUCAGUGCAGGAUUUGCUGCAGCAACUGCACACAAAGAAUGUUGAGAUGCGAACUCAAUCCACACUGGUAGUAGAAAAUCCUAAAUUUCCGAGACUUCAACCAGCGGAAGACGUGGUUGAUCCCGUGAAGAAGGCGCCUAAGGAUGGAAAUAGUGUAAGUCAGCCAAAGCCCAGAGAUGAAAUUCCUGUGCCAGAAAUACAAAUCGACCAAGCAGAGCCGCCAAAGCCCGAAAGCCAAAAUGGUUCAAUCAAAAGCACAAACUCGUCGCACAACAGUCUCAAUGAGCCACGUAAGCUAAUAACACCAUCUAAAUCUGAUAACUCCCUGGAGUGGAAUAUGGAGAUGUUGCCCAAUAGUCCAAUGCCUCGUCGCAAACAGCCGUUAAUCCCGCCCAGCAAAGAAAGUUCCCUGGAAUGGGACAUGGAAAAGUUGCCUAAUAGUCCAAUGCCGCUGCGUCGUCGCCUGCCUGCUGCUGUUGCUCCUGCAGCAGCUGCUGCUACUGAUGUUUCACCCAUCAGUUCCAUACAGCUGCUCAAUAAUCUGCCCAGUGUGGAGGAUAAUGCGACGGCGGCGCAGGAACGCAUUAUAAAGGAAUUCGAGCGAGAACGCCGCCAGGCGCUGAUCAAGCGCGAUGAGAACUUUGAGGCAGCGGCUGCCGAGCAGCGACGACGUGACUCCCAACAGAGCAGCAGCAACUCCAGCGGAACGUCCAUCGGUAAGCGUAGUCUGCCACCGCCAACGCUACCACAGACGCCAACUCAGCGAAGGGCCGCGACCCAGGCUAGCAACAAUGGCAGCCGUCGGGAGUCCAUUAAGCGCGAUGGAUCACCGCCCAUGUUUAAGAAACUGGAUCUGGGCGAUGACGGCAUCUCGACAGUGGAUUCCACAGCGGACUCCACACGUCGCAGCUCGUUUGCAUUUAUAGUGUUGCAGGACAACAAGCCGGUGAUUGUGCCUAUGCCCAAGAAAUUGCAGCUGCCCAAGCUGGAGCCGUCUAAAUAUGUGCCGGAAGUUAGUGCGGCCGAUGAGCCCGUUCCGGAGGUCUUCAAAGAUCGCGCCUGGCCCAAUCAGCACAGCAUUGAAGUCGUUGAGAUCGAUGAUGAGGAGGAAGCAGAGCAGGCGCUAAAGGAACAGCUGCCGGAAUAUGCACGCUCCGAUUCUCCGCCCUCGGCUGCCUUCCAAAAUCGCCAGUGGCCCGACGGAAGAACACGUUUUGAACAACAACAGCGCAACGAUUCCCUUGAAGCGGACGAUGUGCUUGGUCUCAUGAGCACUAAGCGACGCAAUCACAAGAGAUUCAUUAACAAGCCACGUUCGCAAUCACCACAAUCUUUUAAGCCGUUGUCGGCGAGUGCUCGCCAGAGCUCCAAAUCAUAUAGUGAUCUCAAAACUGGUGACUCCAUAUCUGCAUCGCUGCAAUCGCUUGGCUCGGCACGUUCUAGCCAGGAUACGACAGACAGCCGGUCGACAGCGACUACGGUGGCAAGCCCUCGUCCCUUGAACUAUGUCAAUUAUGAUGAUCCGGUGGAUGCCACCACAAAAGCGCUACUCGAUCGCAGCAAGCGACUGCACAAUCGAAAGCGUGACUUUGUUAACGAACGAGUCGUGGAAAGGAAUCCCUAUAUGCGUGACGUAAUACGCAGCAACUACGAGCCGGAGGAGGAGCUAUCCGGCUAUAGACCACGCAACUACACAAGUGGAUUGACAACAGCCAAUACAGCAACUAAUCGCUUUCCCAGCGCCAACACCAGCUCCAUUCGAAAUACUCGCAACUAUGAUUACCUCAGCAACAACAGUAGCAGCGAUUAUCUGAGCAGGAGACCCUACUCGGCCAGCACAAUGGCCACAUCCAGUUAUUUGCCGUAUACAACAACCGCGUCAAGCAGCUCACAUCUCAGCGAUCUAUUUAGGCGACGCAGUCCCGCCUCAUCGUCGAACAUGUCCAGCUAUGGACUGCCCGCCAGCAAAGAGUCGUGCGUACAAACCGAAUCUGAAAGCACAUCGCCCGACGAAGUUGAACUAAACUCUGCCACAGAAAUAUCCACCGAUUCGGAGUUCGAUAAUGAUGAGAUCAUACGGCAGGCACCCAAAAUCUUUAUCGAUGAUACACAUCUGCGCAAACCCACAAAAGUACAGAUCAAGUCCAGCAUGAUCACGGCCAGUGCCUCAGGUCUGCAUCAGAAGCAGCUGGCAUCGCGUGAAAAAGGUGGCAGCUAUUUGCAAAAGUAUCAGCCACAGCCACCUUUGCCACAGUUCAAGCCACUCGUUCAGGUGGAUCCCACGCUGCUGAUUGGCAGCCAACGUGCGCCGCUCCAGAAUCCGCGACCUGGUGACUAUCUGUUAAACAAAACUGCCAGCACCGAAGGUAUUGCCUCCAAGAAGAGCCUGGAGCUUAAGAAACGCUACCUGCUUGGGGAACCGGCCAAUGGCAAUAAGAUACAAAAAUCGGGAUCCACCUCUGUUUUAGAUUCGCGCAUUCGCAGCUUCCAGUCGAACAUUUCCGAAUGCCAGAAGCUCCUUAAUCCCAGCAGCGAUAUUAGUGCAGGCAUGCGUAGUUUCCUCGAUCGCACCAAGCUCGGAGAUAGUACCCAAAAUGAACUAAUGCGUUCCGCCACCAGCAAUGUGAUUAAUGAUCUUCGGGUGGAGCUCAAGAUACAGAAGGCACCAUCGAGCAACUCCACGGACAAUGAGAAGGAGAACGUGUUCGUCAACAGUAAAAACGAGCUGAACAAGGGCAUGGAGUAUACGGAUGCUGUUAAUGCAACGCUGCUGGACCAGCUCAAUAAGAAGACAUCACCAACAACGCCAACCAGCAAUAAAACAAUCGUCGAGGUUAUUGAUCUGAUUACGCCGGAGAAACCAGUUCCAUUUAUUGAUCUCACCGUGCUGGAGACACCAAAGAUGAAAACAACGAGCGAUGCUAUCAUCAAUCCGGAGCUGAAUGUGGCAGUGGUGUCUGCCCUGAUGCCCGACAGCAAUAAGAUCAAUGAUCUUAAGCCAGAUGUGUCCAAGGAUGUGAAAGAGUGCAUACCUGAUAUACUCGGUGAUAUCAAGGCAGCGAAGGAGGCUGCCGGUGCAGCUGAUGAAGAGGAGCAGCAAUCUUUGAUCUGUCAAUCCGACGAGGAGAAACGUGACUCGCCGGAGAAAGUUAACUAUUUGGAGCAGGAGGAUUCACUGCAAAUUCAGGUGCCCAAUAUACCAUGGACCAAGCCAAAGUCGGAGAUUAUAUCUACCACAGGCAGCAGUGCGACCAGCUGCUCCAGUUCCGACAGCUCCAGCAUCGAGGACAUACAGCAUUAUAUACUGGAGUCCACAACUAGUCCGGAUACACAGACCGCAGGUGGGGGCAAGCACAAUGUGCCACGUGUGGAAGUGCACGAUAGCAGUGGCGCCCUAAUGCAGGUGGACAGCCUGAUGAUUGUGAAUGGCAAAUAUAUUGGUGAUCCAGAGGAUGUCAAAUUUCUGGAUAUGCCAGCGGGCGUCAUAGUUCCGCCAGUCGUGGCAGCAAUAAAAACCAGCGAACUGGACGACGAUCACGAUGCAGAAGUGGAGCCAGUGACAGCUACUCCCGAGCCAGCCGAAUGUACAGUUAUCGAAGCGGAACGCCAAUUAGUAUCAACACCACCAGCACUGCCAGAGAUGGGACCACCCAAGCUUAAAUUUGAUAGCAAAAACGAAAACAAAAUUGAGACUUUGAAAAAUUUGCCUUUGAUCGUCGAACGGCAGCCGGAGCACAGUCAGGUCGUCAAGCCCAUUACGCUCAACUUAAGCAGCAGUGCAGCAGCCAAAACUCCGGACACGCCUACAACGCCCACACAACAUGAUAGCGACAAGACGCCCACAGGGGAUCUACAUUCGCGUGGCUCUGAUUCGGAAACAGAACACACUGGCACCGGCCAGGUGUUCACAGAAACAGAACUGUCCGAUUGGACGGCCGAUGAUUGCAUUUCGGAGAACUUUGUCGAUAUGGAAUUUGUGCUGAACUCCAACAAGGGCACAAUAAAGCGACGAAAGGAUCAUCGACGUCGCCACAACCAACAAUCGGUGACAGCCAAGCUGCCCAGCAGCACUGAGGUGCUCCACGAGCUGGCCAAACAGGCGCCCGUUGCCGUUAUGGGUGGCAUCCUGCAUGCCAUCGAUAUUGAUGAUAUUGAGUUUAUGGACACGGGCUCCGAGGGUUCCUGCGCCGAAGCGUAUUCAGCAACUAAUACAGCCUUGCUUCACAAUCGUGGCUAUAUGGAAUACAUUGAAAGUGUGCCCAAACAGACGACGGAACAGAAGACGGUGGCGAGUCAAACAAAUGCGCAACCGCUGCAGCCACUCUUGACCAAGCGUGAUGAGAAACUGGGCAUUGAUUAUAUCGAGCAGGGUGCUUACAUAAUGCACGAUGAUGCCAAGACACCAGUAAAUGAGGAGCCACGCCUUAUGACGCAAUCGUUGACAGACUCGAGCACAUUGAAUGAACUUGAUGACGAUAGUGUGGGCUGCAUGGUCACCUCGCAAACGCAACCCACCACCACAGAGGAGAGCGAGGCCCUAACUGUAGUCACAAGUCCACUGGAUACCUCAUCGCCGAAAGUCCUGGAUCAAUUUGCCACAUUGCUGGCAUCUGGCAAAGCUGAGAUUUCAACGCCCAGCAGCUCGGAGCAGCAGCCGAAGACGACUCAAUCCACAGUGACCACCAUUAGCAGCAACAGCAGCUCGACACCCGCACCAGCUGUGGCAGCCAAGGAGUCCGAAGAGGAUAUACAAAUACAGUUUGAAUAUGUGCGUGCGCUCCAACAGCGUAUCUCAGAGAUUAGCACACAGCGACGCAAGAGUUCCAAGGGUGACGCGCCCAAUCUGCAGCAUCAGCCGCAGUCAACUGUGAUAGAAGCAACAGCAGCAGCAGCAGCAACAGCAGCAAAGGAGGAGGACCAAGAAUCAGCUGUGACAAUGCGUCCUCGGAGCAGCAGCUCAUCGAGCAAAGUACCUGAGAUACCCACUCUAAAUAGCAAACUCGAGGAGAUCAGCAAGGAGCGCACCAAGCAAAAAGAUCUCAUACACGAUCUGGUCAUGGAUAAGCUUCAAUCCAAAAAACAACUCAAUGCCGAGAAGCGUCUACAUCGCAGUCGCCAGAGGAGUCUCCUGACCAGCGGUUAUGCCAGCGGCGCCAGUUUGAGUCCAACGCCAAAGCUUGCCGCCGCCAGCAGUUCGAGUGAUGCCAACUGCAGCAGUCAGGCACAUUAUCAUGUAUCCACGGCGGUCGUCGAACAGCAGCCGUCGAGUCCAAUCAUUGAAACCUUUAAGCCACCCAAUCCUCUACAGAAAUCCGCCACUGCCAGCUAUGUGUCUCCAUAUCGCACUGCACAGCCAGCGGUUCGCAGUUCGGAUCUCUACAAAUCCCGACCAUUUAGUGAACAUAUAGACGCAGAGCAAUUUAAUCUGCUGGAGCGACACAAACUGAACAAAACGGCCUCAUUUAGCUAUGGCAAGGUGGAUGAGUUUACCACACCGAUGGCGCCAUUGCGUCCACAUCGCAAUGGGAAUCCGACAAAAGUUGAAGUCAGCAUCUCUGCCUCCACAGAGAAUCUGCGCAGCGAGGCUCGUGCCAGGGCACGUCUCAAGUCCAAUUCCGAACUGGGUCUCAGUCCAGAAGAGAAGAUGCAGCUGCUGCGCAAGCGUCUGCAAUACGAUCAGAAUAGCGCCAUUAAGGCCAAGCAGCAGGAGGCAAUCUCUGGUGAUUUAACAGCGCGUGCUCGCAAAAUGAGCGCCUCGAAAAGUGUCAACGAUUUGGCCUACAUGGUCAGCCAUGCUCAACAACAACAGCAGCAGCAGCAAAUCAAUCGAUUGGACAGCGAAGCGAAAGCAGCGGACUUUACAUCUGAUCCCAAUUUGGCAGCCGGUGCACAGAAUAAACCAUUAAAAUCGACAAAGUCAAGCAGGCGGCAAAAGGACCCGGAGCGUCGCAAAAGCCUCAUCCAAUCGCUGUCCAGCUUCUUUCACAAGGGCAACAGCUCCACGACAACGACCUCAACAACGUCCAGCAGCAGUCCCAAGGAACAGGGCGUCGCUGUAGCUGCCAGCUACUCUGAGCAUGCAGAGCGUCCAGGCACAAGCAGCAGCGGCACGCCCACGAUCUCCGAUGCGGGAAGCGGUGGUGGAGGCGUCUUUAGUCGCUUCCGCAUCUCACCCAAAUCAAAGGAGAAGUCCAAGUCUUGCUUUGAUCUAAGGACUUUCGGUGGUGGUGACAAGGAUAUGAUCACAAAUAACGCAACAAGCACAAUGACAUCAACAACAGCAACAAUAUCACAAACAACAAAACACACCCAAAAUUACCCAAACAACACAACGAACAACAGUCGCUACCGAAAGCAAGCGAACACCGAAUCGUUCUCAUCGUCCAGCCCGCAGCUCUAUAUACAUAAGCCCCAUCAUCUGGUUGGAGCGAAUGCCCAGGACGACCAGACUCCGCCACCCAUACCGCCUUUGCCACUGAAUUAUCAAAGAUCCGAUGAUGAGAGCAACGCUAACGAGACACGAGAGCAUAAGAAGCAACGUGCCAUAUCGAAGGCUUCACGACAGGCUGAGCUCAAGCGAUUGCGAAUCGCUCAAGAAAUACAGCGUGAACAGGAGGAGAUCGAGGUGCAGCUAAAGGAACUAGAGGCUCGAGGCGUUCUCAUUGAGAAGGCUCUAAGGGGCGAGGCGCACAACUACGAAAACUUGGAUGCGACGAAGGACAAUGAUGAAAAGCUAUUAAAGGAACUUUUGGAAAUUUGGCGCAAUAUCACAGCACUAAAAAAACGUGAUGAGGAACUGACCAUAAGGCAACAGGAACUGCAAUUGGAAUAUCGGCAUGCACAACUUAAAGAGGAGCUUAAUUUGCGUUUGUCUUGCAAUAAACUGGACAAAAACUACGCCGAUGUGGCUGCUGAGGGUGCAAUACUCAAUGAGAUGCUGGAAAUUGUGGCUAAGCGGGCGGCAUUACGACCAACUGCCUCCCAAGUGGAUUUAACGGCAGCGAGCGCUGCUUCAACAUCAACAGAGGCAGGCAUUACACUAGCCGGCCAAUCACACGAACAGGACGAAUCGAAUAUUUGAAUAACAAAUAUGCCUUGGGGUUUAUUGGCACACGAGGUCUGGCAAGGAUUUUUACGCCUAAAUACUUAAGCAGAAUGUACCAAAAAAAAAAAAAAAAAAAAAAAGAAAUACAAAAAAUAAUAAAUGCAAAAAACUAUAAGCAGCGGAACACAACAAUAAAAAUAACGAUAAUAUGAAACGCAUGAGCUGUAAGAUAAACGAGCAAGAAAAUAAUUUAUAUAAACUUAGGUCGGAUUGUUUUAGAUAUUUUUCAAGAAACGCGCAACAUUAUUGUAUAAAUAAUAGAACCAAAAAACAAAAAAUUUGCUAAUUAAUUUUAGUGUUCAGUUAGUUUGGAUCACAAUUUUUUAGUCUUUUAGUUUGUUGCAGCCUUAAAAACAAUUUGAUGUGAACCGUCUGAUCUUUGUAUGUUGUAUUAUGUUGUGUAAUAAGUUAACUAUGUAUCGUGAAUAUUAUGUGUAAGUGUGCAAAUUGUUUCUUCCUUUGAGCAAUUGUAAAUGGUGUAUUUGUUUAUUUCUUAGAUUAUGUUUUCAUUUAUUUGUAUGUGUACUUUUUAUUUACAUGAAUAAUGUACUAUGUCAAUCAUCACCCAUGCAUGUAAUUUGCUGCCCAACUGAAAUCAAAGUGAACACAAAGAUAUAUACACACAAAUAUUUUCUAUAUACAUAUGUAUAAAUCGAGCGUAUAUGACGAAAAGCGAAAGCAAAGCAAACAUUGAUUGUAUACUAAUAAAACUGAUUUAAAUUAUUAUUUAUAUCCUAUUAUCAACAUAUUUAUCGAAUUUAUUAUGUAAUUUUCUAAUUUAUUUAAAAAUUGAAUAAAGAUUUUAUGAAUUGUGA